AUGGCUGCGGACUCUACUUCACGUGCUUGUGUUUUCAUAGAUUCAAGCAAUCCAUCAGUUCCAGGUCAACUCAUAAAUUCUUCGACUCCAAUGAUUUAUCCUCCUUUCCCUCCUCGCAUAAAUCCACAAGAUUUAGUUUCAUCUUCUAAGAAUAAUGCUGACAAUAAAAAAAUUCCAACGAGAGCUCCAAAUGCCUUCAUAAUUUAUCGUAAGAUAUUUAUUCAAACCGCUCGUUCUCAAGGUUAUUGUUUGCCAAUGACCGUUAUCUCUUCAAUGGCUUCUCAAUCUUGGGAAAAAGAAAAUGAUAUCGUUAAAUCCGAAUAUAAGCGUCUUGCUAAAGAAGCUUUUAACCUUCGUUGUGAAAUGUUACCGAAAUCUUUUACAUCAUCUCGUCGUAGAAAGAGAGAAAAAUGGAACAUUAUUUCCUUUGACGAUGUCAAUAAUGUUAAUGGUUACGUGGGUAAAAAAAGAAAUUCGAAUAUUCAAAAAGUUAAUCCUGAGAUAUCACCUGAAAUAAAUAAUGAUAUCCCUCUGAAGGAAAGUAAUACUGCCCAAAGACCAUCAUCUAGCAGUAAAAAUCACGGGGAACGCGAUUCCUAUGCCGAGCCAAUGUCUCCAAGCAAAAUCAGUAAAAUUCAAUUAUUAUUAAAUGAGUAUAACGAUGACGAAUAG